AUGGUUGAGCUACAACUGCGAAAACGCAACGCUUGCGUCAUUGUGCUGGGCGAUAUCGGACGCAGUCCACGUAUGCAAUACCACGCUCAGAGCCUCCUUGAAGAUAAUUACAAUGUGGACAUAAUUGGAUAUAUUGAGACGCAACCGCUGGAUGCGCUAACUGUAGCACAACCCAAGUGCAAAAUACACGAACUCUCUGCGGUCCCUAUCACAAACCUAACACCCAAAUUGCAGCUGCUCUUCAAAGCCAUUUGGCAAACGUUAAGUCUGUUGAUGGCCCUAAUCUCGAUAAGGCGACCCAAUUUCUUGCUUGUGCAGAAUCCACCCGGCAUACCCACGUUGAUUGUUUGUUACUUGUACUGCGCCUUGACGCGAACUAAGUUAGCCAUUGAUUGGCAUAAUUACACCUACACUAUCUUAGCGUUGGGCAUGGCCGGAGGAGAGCAGAACCGGCUCAUCCGUCUCACCAGGCGACUGGAACGUUAUUUUGGCAGUAAGGCUCAUACACACUUUUGUGUAACUAAUGCCAUGAAGGACGACCUGCAACGCAACUGGAAUAUAAGGCCCGUACAUGUGCUCUAUGAUCGAGCGCCUGCGCAAUUCCAUCCCAUAGAACUCCCUCAAAAGCACGAGCUAUUCAUGAAGCUUUCCAAAGAUUAUGCGCCUUUCAUGGCGCAAUGCUAUGCGGAUCUGACGCAAUCGGGCAUGCUCGAGUCAACUUCACUUACUCAGAAGCUGGCCAAUGGAACGGUGCUCUAUAAGCCACAGAGGCAAGCAAUACUUGUGUCGAGCACCAGCUGGACGCCGGAUGAAGACUUUGGCAUACUCCUGAAAGCCUUGGAGUCCUAUGAAUGCGUGGCUACAGCCGAGCCACAUGUCUAUCCGUCUUUGCUGUGCAUCAUUACCGGCAAAGGCCCACAAAAGUCGCAAUACGAGGCUCAAAUAGCAAAAUUACAAUGGCGAAAAGUUUCGAUUCUAACGCCCUGGCUGGAGGCUGAGGAUUAUGCGAGAUUGCUGGCUAGCGCGGAUCUUGGCGUAUCCUUACAUUGGAGCACAAGCGGGCUGGAUUUGCCCAUGAAAGUGGUUGAUAUGUUUGGCUGUGGGCUGCCCGUCUGCGCCUACAACUUCAAAUGCCUUCCAGAGCUAGUGAAGCACGGCGAGAACGGAUUUGUGUUCAACGAUCAUUCGGAGCUGGCCGAGCAACUGCGGCUGUGGUUCGAGCACUUCCCUACCAAUCCAAGCAUCAUCGAGACCCGCUCACGCUUCAAGCGCAGCCUACAACAGUUCCAGGACUUGCGCUGGCGGGAAAAUUGGAAGCAAUGCGCGGCACCUGUACUGGAAGCAUUUCUUUAAGCAUUUACGAAUCGAGAAAGCUUUUAAUAAAUCUUGUCUGAGCAGUACAAAGAGGCACUUGAA